AUGUUGUUUAGAAACUUUAUCAUUCCUUUCUUGAUUGCUGCUACUACAGUUACUGCUUUCUUGGAUAUUACUACUUCUUUAACCAAAUAUGCUUCAUUUGAUUUCGGUGUUGGUGAUAUCUCCAUUUCUAAAGGUGCUUCAUUCUCUUUGAUUAAUCAAUUUGAUGCUGUUUUCCAAGGUGGUCUUACUAUUGAAAAAGGUUGUGAUUUCUUCCUUGCUUCUAAAGUUAAUGUUCUUAAAGUUGUUAUUGAUAAAGUUUUUGCUAAAGUUGUCAACAAAGGUCUUUGGGUUAUUCUGACUAUUGAAGCUACUAAAGAAUGUAUCAUUAACAUUGCUGGUGCUAAAUUAGAAAAUAUUGGUAACUUGAUUUGUGCUAUUGAAGCUAAAAAAGUUGCUCUUAUCUCCAAGAUUAUUAAAAAUAUUGGUUGUAUUCAUAUUAAACAAGAUAAAUGUACUGAUACUACUGUUGAAUUUGGUUGUUCCGGAGGUAGUAUUGAUAACUCAGGUACUGUUUGUUUCACUAAUUAUAAAGCUAAAGCAUUUGCUUCAAUUAAAGGUUCUGGUUGUAUUGCUAUUGAAAAAGAAUCUCAUUUUGAAAUUGGUGAUUGGAUUUCUAUCGAUAAAGAUCAAACUUUCUACUUGGGUGCUUCUAAAUGUAGUCUUAAAGCUGCUCCAGGUGUUAUUGCUCAAGUUAUUAAAGUUGCUAACUUUGGUAAACAAAAGAGAAUUUCUUUAAACACUCCAUUAGGUGGAAUUUCAAUCUUGAAACAAGCUGCUUUCUCUUAUGAUUCUGGUUCUGGUAUUUUGACUUUAAGAGCUGGUUUGAAAUUACAAAAAUUCUUUAUUGGUAAAGGUUAUGAUGCUUCUAAAUUCUCCAUCUGUAAAGAUGACAACACUGCUAUUGAAUAUAACGGUGAUUGUCCAUCCCCAGGUAGACCACCAGUUUGUCAACAAUGUCCAGAAGCUCCAUCCAUUCCAGAAAAUUAG